UCAUAAAGAUGGCCACAAGUCGCCUCGCUCGGAAUGUGACUGAGGACUAUUUGACCUGUACGAUUUGUCUACAGCGCUUCCGAGAUCCCAGGACUCUGCCGUGCGAGCACACUUUCUGCCUGGCCUGUCUGGCUAACCACAUCGGCGCCUCAGUAGAUGACGGAGUAUUCGUCUGCCCGGUGGACAAAACAGAAGUCCAGGCCAGCAAAGCAGACGACCCAUGGGAGAGCGCGCGAGCUUUCCCGACAGACAGUUUGGCGGAGGCGCUGAUCAAAGUGGUGGAGGAGGACACGAGGCGAGUGAACGUAAGCGAGGACGGACAGGAUCUGAAUUUCUUCUGCUUUGGAUGCCAGGUAAUGACGAGUGCUGAAAACGCUGUGGAAAAUCAUCGUCAUCCAAAUUGUCACUGUGUUAAUCUUCAGAAAGCUUAUCAACGAGUGAUGCCGGUGUUAAUCAAUUACAAUCGAGAACUGGAAAAGGUUUAUCUCAAAUCCGAGAAAAUCAAACGAGUUGUUACGAAUGGAAACGGGAUUUCUGAAGCGAAACAAGAAGUGUUGGGUGAAAUCGGCGAAUUCGAAACAAAAUUAGACGAUUUUUAUGCUGGAUGCAAAGCAACUCUUGGUGCAAUGAAAACAAAGGUAGCAGAACACGAAGUGAAAAGUGACAUGUCGAUCAAUCACGCAGUUCAUGAUGAAAUAGCUAAGAGAUACUCCUCUUUCAAUCAAAACUUUGACGACGAAAAUGUUCCAGAGCUCUUGUCUGUGUACCUUUCAGUCAAUAAAAAGCUAAAGGAACUUGAAAAGUUUGAAGAUUCUCUGCAAAUUAAAUCACAGAAGUUUCCAUUACAUUUUCUUCCAAAUAAACAGUUGUUGAACAUGUUGAGAAGCAAACAGCAAUGUGGAAAGUUGCAAGUUUCCUCGAGUUCACAUUUUAGAGGUCAGCAGUCGGCAGACGUUGAAGAGUGCAAUUAUUAUGACGUAGCAGCGACGGACAAGUAUAUCGUGACGUGUGACGGAGAGACGGGACUCGUUCAGCGCUUCCUGCACGACGGUUCUUAUGUCGAUUCCAUGCGAGUCGACAAUAUUUGUCGGAUGACUGUAGUUACAGACGAUGAAAUUGCAGCAACCCGUUUAUUCAAACGUAAAAUUGCCUACAUCUCUCUUGGAAAGAAAAUGCACAUUCGAGAUCAAAUCAGAACGAAGAAGUCGUACAUUGGAAUAUGUUUGUUGUCAACUGGGGAUUUCUGUGUGUCUUUUUAUGAUGGUGAAGAGCCACCAGGAAUAGAAAUUAUUUCAGACGAGGGGAAGGUCCUCAAAACACUUCUUGGACACAGGAAUCCCGCGGGGUCCGUCCCUCUCUUUCUCGUACCGAUGUUUCUAACAUCGACAGUCAGCGAUAACAUUGUCGUAUGCGACUUCACGGACACUAAUCACGUGAUCUGCUUCAACGAUAAUCUGGAACUUCUGUGGUACCAAGGUUUUCCCAGCAUGCCCUGUUGCGUGACGUCAGAUGAUGACGGCAUGCUUUACGUGUCUUUUCCCGAUUUGAAUGAGGUAUUGGUUGUGCACGAGGAUGAUGGGAAAAAGGUUAAGGACUGUGGUGAAGAAAAGUGAUGGCGUCCAUAGACCGUUUGCUAUUACGAUCAACGACAGCACACU